CAAAAUGGCGUCACAAUCUGAAACACCACCAGAGGUCUGUGACCAAGAAAAGAUGGAAUCAACAACUAAUGAACUCCAGAAAAUAGAAGAUGAAAUAAAGGAGCAACCAGACAAAUCUGAUAAAGUAACAGAUCCUGGUGGGCAAGGCCAUGGAGAUGUCAAUCAAAACCAGACAGAAGCUUCCUCUUCAAAAUCAUCAGAGAAUACUAAUGCUGCAUCAGAAACAAAAAUGGAAGAAGUGGAAUUCAAACUAAUAUACAAAAAACAAAAGUUUGAUGUCUCAUUUCCUGUGGACAACACCAUAAAAAAUCUCAAGGAACAUGUUGAAACCCUUACAGGUGUUCCAGCAGCUAUGCAGAAAAUCAUGUUUAAAGGUUUAGCUAAAGAUGAAUGUACAUUACGAGACUUAAAAGUGACAAAAGGAUCCAAGAUCAUGGUGGUCGGGUCUACCCUUAAUGAUGUGUUAUCCAUGGGUAAACCCAGUGCCAAAGAGUUGGAGGCUGAUGCCAAGUCUGCAGCAUCAGCUGCUAAAGAAUCUUUAUCCAAACAGAAGGACCAUAAAAAGGUGCUAGAAAAACAUGGGAAACCAGAUGAUUGCAUUCCAGGUCACAAAAGACGAGAGCCAUUACCACACCAACCCAUUGCUGGCAUGUACAAUAAGUCAGGAGGCAAAGUCAGGCUCACAUUUAAGCUGGAGUUGGAUCAGGUGUGGAUAGGAACGAAAGAGAGAACUGACAAAAUUCCAAUGAGUUCUAUUAAAGCUAUUGUGAGCGAAGCAAUUGAAGGCCAUGAAGAGUAUCACAUGCUGGGAAUACAAUUAGGGCCAACAGAGGCUUCACGCUAUUGGAUAUACUGGGUGCCAGCUCAAUAUGUGGAGGCUAUUAAAGAAACAGUGUUAGGCAAGUGGCAAUAUUUCUGAUUGGAUGUGUUUGUACUGCUUCAUGUGAUGUGUACGGGAAGGACAUAUGGAAGUGAUAUGUGAUGACGAGACAGUGAACAUGUGGAUGGAUGGAUGCAAGGGAUCUGGAACCAAGCUGGAUGGUUCAUCUAGUAUUGCUUUCACUGCAAACAACUUCAUUUUUGAAUUAUUAGCUUUAAAGUCUUUUGAAACAAAGGCUUAUUGUGUUACUGAUUUUUCUGUAGGUUUCUUUUCAUUUACAAUGACAGUAAAUUGUUUUAAAUAGCAAAGUGCUUUCUGGUGCAUUAAGAAUGCAUUUUAUUACUUUACAAGGAAUGUUGCUUUUGUCCCAACAUGUAAUAUCCAUUCAGGUGCAGUAAAACCUGUCUAAAUAAGCCCUAUAGGAUAUGUACUCAGGUACUUAUGUACUUAAGUAUUCAGAUCUUUGUUGACAUUGACCCCUACUUUCCUCAUUAUGUACAGAUUACAUUUUGGUAUAUCAAGCCUGUCUAAUUCGAAUUUUGACUAUUCAAAAAUAGGUAUUACAUUACCAAUCUCAUUGAAUAGAUCAUUGGUAAACAUUUUGUGAAUUCAGGCCCUUCCAUUUUCUGCAUAAGAAUAUCCUUGCAAAAUUUUUAUUGCCAUAAAAGAUUUGAUCUGAUAACAUGCAUUUUCACAGUGUAAAUCAUCCUGAAUAAUUAAACAUCAAUAUUGACUUUAAACAUUAGGCUCACAAUCAUGCGGACUGUUUAAGUUUUCAUUUGUCUGUGGAAUGUCAUCCAUUUUUUAAUUUACAGUACUCAUUAUUUCUAUAGAUAACUGAUUGUGAAAUAAUAGCUGGAUAUUAUCAGAAUUGGUUUGUGGGUUCAACCUUCGCUGGGUCUCUACAUAUCUAAUUUGAGUUUGGUUGUAAGAUGGCUGACAGACAGCAAUUUUGGAUUGUAAAAUGGAAGAGUGUUAUCACUAUUUUACUGAAGAUAUCUUAAUAUUAGAAUAUGACUUCUCCUUGAUCGUCCACCUCAUCGUUAAGUAUUUGUGUUAGGUUCCUUUUCUCAGAAUCUAUAAGCACAAUAGUAACCAGAUUUAGUAAACAUUGUGACAAUAGGGUUAACAAUUUGAAUCGGAAGAAAUGACUGAAAUCUAUCUAUCCAUUUUGGUGAGUUUAACACAAUUGAAAUGAAUUCAAAAUAUUCGAAUUGACUUGAAACUUCGUUCAAUUAAAAUGUGUAUAAAUGUAUACAUAUUUAAACCUAUAUUAUUGUUUUUCACUGCUUGGCCAGAAUUUAUUUUAGGAGAAAUUUUCGUGUUAUGGGUCUUAGUCAUAUUCAUCAAUAUCAAGAUGUUACAUUUGGCUCAAAUUCUUGGGUAGUGUAAUUGUUUUAACAAUCAAAUUAGAUGAAUUUAUGAAUAACUAAUGUAAAAUUCAAAUUUUGAUAUACUGAGAUAUGGAAUACUUUAAUUGAAUUCUUGAGUAAAACAGUGACAUCUGGUGGGAUUUUGAUCUUCAGGAAUGCAGAUAAUACAUUCAAUAAUUUACCAAUUGAUUUCUAAUUUGUACACAGCUUCAACAAGGAAUGUUUUAUGUCUCAUUUACAUAAGUGAGUUGAAAUAAAUGCAGUGCGAUAUUCAAUUUUGCAGAAUUCUUUCAUUAAUUAUAAUUUUGAUGUUGAUAUUUAGGAAAUUACAUCUCAUAGACCCCAAAAUGACUUUAUUGCAAGCUUUAUUUAUGCCAUUAUAGCUAUAUAAAAGAAGGUUGUAUCAAAAUCAGAAAAUAGGUAUAUGUUGAAUAAGAUUGAUGUCUCCUGGUGGAUUACUGUAGCAGGUUUUUUUUUUAAUAUUCUGUGUAACAAGCAAUACUUAAUGGGAAUGUCAGUUAUAAUAUCAUAAAAGAAGGACAAAAUGUGCACAUUUCAGAAUACCUGUUAAGGCAUUCAUCAUUUUGUGUUAUAAACGUUAAAAUCUGUUAAAGUGUUAUUUUUCCUUUGAGAAAAAAAAGAGAUAUUUACUUCUGUAGAGAAUUCACAAAUUUUGCAAAAGUGUUGUUUUAUUUUGAAAACUAUACCGUAUAGUGAAAAUGUUAUAGUUCUAUUAUUGUUCAAUUUCAAUACUUACCACUUUUACACAUAUUGUUCAACUGAAAUGUGAAUCAAGCAGUCUUUUGAAUGAGAUACCUUUGAAAAUAUGACAAAGAGCUGUGAAAUACCUAGAGUGAACACCUACUGAUGUGUUUUCCUUGGUAAACAAAAUAAAAUUUGUUAUAACCAAA